AACCCUAUAGCCUAAAACCCUUCUUUCCAGUUCCCCGAAUUCUGAGCGCUCCCCUUUCACCGAAACCCUAAUUUCGAAGCCAUGGCGAAGCGCUUGCUCCCAACCCUCAACCGUGUUCUCGUCGAGAAAAUCGUCCCUCCCUCCAAAACCAACGCUGGAAUUCUGCUCCCCGAGAAAUCAAACAAGCUCAAAUCUGGGACGGUGAUUGCGGUGGGUCCCGGCGCACGUGACAAGGACGGGAACACGAUUCCGGUGUGCUUUAAGGAGGGCGACACCGUGCUUUUGCCUGAUUACGGCGGUACCCAAGUCAAGCUUGGUGAAAAAGAGUAUCAUUUGUAUAGCGAUGAGGAUAUUUUGGGUACUCUACAUGAUUGAAGAGUUGAGCUAAUUGCUUGUUGAUUUGUAAGGCAUUGUUGUGUUCUGGCUUUAUUACUUAAAUUCAACUCGUUAAUCAAAUGGGGGAUUUUGAUUUUGAAAUCCAUAGCCUUGGUUAAUGUUAAUGCCAAUACAAACUUUGUCUUUAAUGUUUUCACUUAUUUAUAGUUUGUGUUUAUUGUUACUAUCAUUAUUUUGCUUUGUGGGUAUGGGGAAGAUUGUUGUAUUAUAUGGAGAAAAAUUCGUCAUUUCCCCACAUAGUUUGUUUUCAUUGAAGUUUUCUGACCAUUUAUUCUGAUUCUAGUGAAAUAUGUAAAUGGAGGAAAAUAAUUGUGUGAAA